AUGGAGCCUGUCCCGCCCAGCGCAGGGACGGCACAUGGCCGCACCCGAGGCACAAGUGCUAGCUCGAGCGCCUCGUCGGCAUCAACCUCACGGCCCGACGCCUCGCGCACCGCGGCGCUCAUCGGCGUGCCGCUCCUCGCUCAGCACCCUAAUCCGCGCCGAACAUCGUCAGCUGGCGAGCGCCGGCCGACGCAUGCGUCCACGGCACCCUUGGCUGGCUCGGCGGAAGCUGGUCCCUCCUCACUUCUUGCCAGUGGACCACUCUCUGCGCCGCUCUCGACCUCGCACAAGGGCUUGCUCGCCUCCCCUUCAGCCAGUCCUGCCUCGCGCGUCAACGCCGGCACGCGUCGGCCACGCGGCACAUACGCUUCGCGCACCUGUCUGCAGUGCCGGCAGCGCAAGGCCAAGUGCAAGCUGCCCGAGGAGGCGCUGCGCGUGCCGUCGUCGCUCGAGGAGCUCCCGAUCCACCUGCGCUGCGCCCGAUGCGCCGAGCAUGGCUUUGGCUGCAUCGUCUGGGACCCCGAGGGCCGCGGCAAGCGCAAACGAGGCGCCUCGAGCACCAGCGAGGCUCCGACGGCUGCUGGCGCGGCGCUCCCGACGGCAGCUGCACUGCAGCCCGAUCCAACGAUUCUUGGCAUGUCGGCUCCGCGAACGACCGCCAUGCCCCAGGCGCGAGCUGGUCCGUCGUCGCUCGACCUCGCCUUCGCCGAGCCGAGCUUCGCCGACACUUCCGAAGGCGCACCGCAGCACCGGCCGCACCCUGCCUCGCUGCGCUUCUACAUGGGCCCGCAUCCUGUCAAGCCAGACGUGCGCCAGGUUGCAGGCGGCGCCAGCGGAUUGCAACACCAGCAGCGCUACCGCUCGUCGACCUCCGCGUCAUCCUCACGCUACCCUGUCUCCGUCGACGAGGGCGCCGAGGAUCGCUACCAGCAGGCCAGCGUAUCGGCUCCGGGGCAUGCUGCCGCUUUAGCAUCGUCGCGACCUCAGCCGGGCGCCGAGCUCGACCUGAAUGCCUUUCUGGACGGCAUGACGGAGAGUGCGCCAUACCAUCCAGCUGGGCUGCCCAUGCCGCCGGCGCAUGAGCCGCCGCCGUCGGUACCUAGCAUCGCAAUGCAGGCAGCGAGCAGCCCUGCAGCUGCCGGCUGCACCUCCAAGCCGGACACUCCGUUGGAGGCCCUCUCGCGCUUUCUUGCCCACGAGAGCGCCUGCGCGGUCAGUCCGUUCCGAGAUACUGGACCGCCGGCAUCGGGUGCGAAUGUGCUGUCGCUCGUCAGCACCGAGCUGAGCGCGCGCCUCGAGACCAUAGCGCACGCAUUCAUUCUGUGGCAUCCACACCUGCCGUCACUGCGCACGCUGCGUCAGCAGCAUGCGCAGUCGGCCAGCGUUGGCACCUCACUGCUGCUGACCUCGCUGUAUGCGCUGGCCCUGCCGGAGCUGGCGCCGCAGCCACACGGCGCCCUGCAGCUUGUCGCAAGCCUGCACGCUCUCAUCCGCCGCGACGCUGCUCUGCUCUACUCCGAUGCCGACGCCAGCAUCGAGGCCGUGCAAGCGCUCGACCUUCUCUCGGUGCACAUGCCUCUCGCAUUGCUUCCGUCACUGCCGCGAGGACCGUCACGCGACGCGCAUGCGUUUCAAGGCACGAGCCUGGCAGAGCUGGCAGGGCGCCUGGCGCGCAAGCUUGGACUGCCAGACGAGGUCGAUCGGACCACCGCAUCUGCACCUGCGACGCAUAGCCGGACAGAUCCACGUGCCUUGCUCUGGUGUACUCUCGUUUCAUGGAGAGAGACGCUGUCGGCAAACGUUGAGCUUGGCAACGUGCGCAAUGCGACGCUGAAACGGCUCGGUCCGAUCGACGCUGCCAAAGGCCCACUGAGUGUGGCAUGGCACUCCGUGCAGCUCGAAGUGGAGAUGAGCCGCCUGCUCUUGCUCGGAAGCAUCUCGGCAUACGCUGCCCAGACUCAAGGCUAUGCUCCGAGCGGUAGCUCCGCAUACGCUCAAGACAGGCUGGCGCUCAAGAACUACGCAGAGGUCGAUUUCCAGUCGGAUGAAGUGCGGGACAUGCAGGCGCAGGCGGUGUGGAGCGGUGUCUCGCGCUUCAACUCGCUCGUCCAUGCCUCGCUCGAGGGCUGGCUUCACUUCGCACCUUCGGCCGUGGUGGCUCUGCCGGUGCUGAGCACCUGCUCCUUCCUCCAUUACGCCGCGCGCUUCGCCGUGUCGCAACGGAUGCGCAAGCCGGAGGCACCGACCCACGAGAACGACCCCACUGAGCAGGCCUCCGUGCUGCAGACUGCCGCACGCCAUGUGCGUGCCUGUGACGGCUUCGUGCGCCGUAACGAGCACGGCAGUGCACACGACAGCAUCGAGCGCGGCAGCAUUUGGUCCGCCACGGCGGAUGCGCUGGACAAGGCGGCCGCCACGCUCACGGCCUGGCCGUUCGCCUCGGGCGCGAGCACGGCGCAGGCGCGAAGUCCAGCGGAGGGGCCGUCUUCUGACUUUCGUCAAGAACUGGCGUCGGUGAGCCCGAUGGCGGGCUACAAUGCGCUUCCAUCCGGGCCGCACGCCUCGCACAUGUCCGGGCCGUCCGCUUCAGCGAGUGCACUUUCGGUGAGUGACGCGCUGCGCUUCAUGCGCGCCGGCCUCAACAUGCGUUCAGGGCUCAACACUCGCUGGCACUGGCAGAGCGGCGUGCCGCAGGCGGCCUUCCACUCGGCCUCGGCCACGAGCUGGCCCGAGGUGUGGAACCUGGACAACUCGACGACACAUCUUGGCGCUGGCGUCAUGGGCACGCCGCUGCCGCUGCAGCAGCCGCACUACCCGUCGUCGCAGACGCAGCAGCAACAGCAGCAUCAGGCGCAGCUGCUGCAGCAGGCGCAUCGACACCACCAGCAGCACGCAGGUGGCAGCCACCACUCUCACAGCCACGGCGGCGGCGCUGCGCCUGACCCCAGCCAAGAGCUGGCCCUCACGCCGGAUGCCCAGCUGGCGCAGCAGCACAUGCAGCAGAUGCAGCAGCAGGCCGUCGGAGUGCCUCCGCCAUACCCGCACCCGCACACGCCCCGCAAUGGCGUGCCGCCGGGCGACCGCUGGAUGCCGCAGCGGGACUAG